CUCAUACACACAUAUGCCUUUUAAGAGGAGAAAGGAAAAUGUCUUAUCUAAAUUUCCAGUGAAGUCACAAAACUGUGCAGGGUCACAAGACUGUUUUUUAUUUUUUUUGUGCUUAUUAUGGACUUGGGCGGGGUCUUGACUGGCUCACUCGCACCUCCCACAGAAGCCAUAAAUAGAUUGCUCUAAAGCAGCUUCUAAGCAGAGAGAUAUUGCAAAUUGCACAGAGCAAAAAAAAUUACAGCGACCUUUUCAGAUAUUCUGUUGUGGGAAACAAUUACACAGCAUCUAAGGGAUCUUCAGCGACUUCGUUAAGAAGGGGGCAGUGGUGUUGCAGUGUCUUCGAGGCAUUUGCCAAGGACCAUGGAGAGCAAAAAGAAAAUUACUUGUCCCCUUCUCUGUGCUGUUUCCAUUGCGGCCAUUGGAUCGCUCCAGUUUGGGUACAACACGGGUGUCAUCAAUGCUCCUGAGAAGAUUAUUCAGACAUUCUUCAAUGAAACAUUGGAGUUGCGGAGAAAAAUCCCAACCUCUCCCGAGCUUCUGACCUCACUGUGGUCCCUCUCCGUCGCCAUCUUCUCCGUGGGUGGGAUGGUUGGAUCCUUCUCGGUGGGACUUUUUGUCAACCGAUUUGGAAGGCGGAACUCCAUGCUGCUGGUAAAUAUCCUGGCCAUUGCAGGCGGUGCUCUGAUGGGCUUCUCCAAGAUGGCAAAAGCAGUAGAGAUGCUGAUCAUUGGCCGCUUCAUCAUUGGCCUCUUUUGUGGCCUCUCCACCGGCUUUGUGCCCAUGUACAUCAGUGAGAUCUCACCCACGGCCUUGCGUGGUGCCUUUGGCACCCUCAACCAGCUGGGCAUCGUUGUGGGCAUCUUGGUGGCACAGAUUUUCGGCCUGAAGGAGAUCAUGGGGAGUGAGAGCCUCUGGCCACUGCUUUUGAGUUUCACUAUCAUCCCAGCCAUCCUACAGUGUGCUGCUCUGCCUUUCUGCCCUGAGAGUCCCCGUUUCCUGCUGAACAAGAUGGAGGAAGACAAAGCACGAGAAGUUCUGAAGAAGCUCCGUGGUACAGAUGAUGUGGCCCAAGAUAUCCAAGAGAUGAAAGAGGAGAGUGCCAAGAUGUCCCAAGAGAAGAAAGCAACAGUUCCGGAGCUCUUCCGUUCACCGAGUUACCGCCAGGCCAUCAUCAUUGCUAUCAUGCUCCAGCUUUCCCAACAGCUCUCUGGCAUCAAUGCUGUGUUUUAUUACUCCACGGGGAUCUUCGAAAAAGCUGGUGUCAAGCAGCCAGUCUAUGCCACCAUUGGUGCUGGUGUGGUUAACACAGUCUUCACUGUUGUAUCGCUGUUCCUGGUGGAGCGUGCAGGGCGCAGGACCCUUCAUUUGGUCGGUUUGGGUGGCAUGGCGUUCUGUGCUGUUCUCAUGACCAUAGCUUUGACACUUAAGGAUACCUUGGACUGGAUUAGCUAUAUCAGCAUCGUUGCCAUCUUUGGCUUUGUGGCCUUUUUUGAAAUUGGCCCCGGUCCCAUCCCCUGGUUCAUCGUGGCUGAACUCUUCAGUCAAGGUCCCCGUCCUGCAGCUGUGGCAGUGGCUGGUUGCUCCAACNACGUCUCAUAUUAUAACCUUUCCCUUCUUUCCCCACUGUAGAAAUUGUGUGGCCCCUAUGUCUUCAUCAUCUUCAUUGUUUUCCUGGUCAUCUUCUUUGUCUUCACCUUCUUCAAAGUCCCAGAGACCAGGGGCAGGACUUUUGAAGACAUCUCCAAGGGCUUUGAAGGACAAGGAGAAGGAAGUGGCACCCUUGCAGCAGUGGAGAAAAGCCCUAUGGUGGAACUGAAAGGCAUAGAGUCUAAGGAUGUUACCUCAAAUAUUUAAUGCACCCCUUCUUGACCUUUUUUUCAUUGUUAAUAAAAUAAGCAGAGAGUCUUUAAAGGACUAGGCAGAGAUAUUUGUCAGGAGGAAAUUUAGGACAUUUUAAAAAUUGCUGCUAUUUUAUUAUUCCCCUCACACCACUCCAUUCCACAUUUCUGCCAAGCCCUGAAAGUGUUAAGAUAGUUUCCAGCGGGGAAGGGGAAGUCUCAUCUGCAUUCAACGCUGGAGGGCAGCAGAAGCUACAGUAAAAAUAACUGCAUCAUCACCUGCUGUGCACUUGAGAACACCUUCAAUUGCUCAUAGGGAUUAAUGUAUUUUUGCAUAGUUACUACUUACGUUUUUUAAACUUAUCCUUCUGUUUUGUACAGUGAGCUAAAGCAACCAAAAAACUCUGCAAUCCCUUCUCACUUUUAAUUCAGUUCCACUGUGUGUGUGUGUGUGUGUGUGUGUGUGUGCAGUGUUACACUGGAACUUAAUGUAAUAACCAAAAUGCAAAAAGCCAUCAUGUCAUAUUUACUGUCUGGUAGGUGCCUCAGGAGAAGAGGACAAAUCUACAAGAAAUAUUUUUUUCCCCCUCCUUUUUCUUUUUGUAUGGAUAGUCUGCAAAUGUAGUUUGGUCUUGGUUUAUUUAUUUGUGUCAAUUUAUGUGUAAAUAUUUAUUUUUUUAAAUAUGUAAAAUAUGUGAAAUAAUGAAGCAGAAGAUGUUUAAAACAGUUAUUCUAAGAGAUAAUGCUGUAGGUUUGAGGUGCAAUAAAAUUAAAUCAGAAAUGUAGUACUAAACAGAAAAAAGGCACUCAGGUUGGUACGUGAAAUGCAGCUGUUUAUGCACAGCGCCAUUAAAGGAUAUUUCUGUCCUCCAGACAGAAAUUAAAAAACUUGAGUACUAGAGAGUAUAAGAAUGUGACUGUAUUUGUAUACAUUCUUGUGUCCACCAAAGUUCUUACAUUCUUCAGGACUUUCUGUUGGCUGUAUUAAAGGUCACUAGGAUUACUUGAAAAUUGCAGUAUUACAGCAAAAGGGCAUUGAUACUUGACACUAUUUUCAGUCACUAUUCUUGUGAAGGGUGGAUGAUAAUUUCUAGCCAGAAGCUGACUCAUUCCACCUUCUUUUCUUGAGCUUUUGCCUCUCUGUUCCUGUUUUCAAACAGAAAAGGAAGUCUGAAAGAAACAGAUGGUAAUUUAAAGAGAUGUGAAUAUGAUUUUUUUCCGAAGCUGUAUAUGCUUCUCAGUUGUCCCUAUAGAUAACUUUACAAAAGCACGUAGAUGAACCUUCUGAAUAUGGGGCAUAUUUCCAAUACAUGUAUGACUCUACAAUGGUAGCAAUGCAGGAACAGAGGAGACCAAAGCUACUAAAACCUGAUAGGCAGACAGAAAGAUGUUUAGUCCACGCUAGAGGGUAAAUCUGUUACAGGUGCUCGGAUGUCCAUUCUGGAGGCUCCAGGAAAUUCUGUAAUUAGAGAGAGACAGAGAGAGAGAGAGAAUAUUCUAAAUAUCUCUGUAGGAGCUUCUAGUUCAAACUGCAGCACAAAGCACUUCUGCAUUUUUUGGACUGAAACAUCCUCUGGAUCCGAAUUAAUGGCUUGGAUUCAUUUGCAAUAAAGCUAGAAUUGCAUGGCUGGUUUUGUGUCACAUGCAGCAGGGAGGUCAGUAUGUCUGAUUUCAUCAUCCCAUAGACGGCUAAUUAAAACAAAAAUGCAGCAAUACUCCCAACAUCAUCUGAGGGCAGAUCUUGGCUAUGCCUUGAAGCACCAUACCUAUGGUUCUUUCCAGUGUAUUCUCCAGAGUUUGCUCUAAUCUGAAAUUACUCAAGUGAUGUAGUCUCCACCCCUUCCCUUGUGGGAAAUGAUUGCAAAGUCCAGUAAAAUUUGUUGCUGGGAAAUAUUUCUUAUGAUUUAACAAGAACAUUUCUUUCUUCAUUCAGUUUCAUCAAGUUACUCCUAGUUCUCCCCCCACCCCUUUGGACUUCCUUUCCCUUCUGUUUACAUUUUCCAAAGUUUGUGGACAGUUACACUCCCCUAUCUCAUCAUUUGGCUGAAAUACACAGAUUUCAGUCAUUUGACUCUCCUCAAAACUCUGAUCUCUGAUAAUUUGUGGAAGAUAAAGCUUUCCAUUUGUACAUCUGUAUGUAAGGAAAGGAAAUUCUCUGCCAGCUGGGCACUAGGAGCAUUCCACACUGAACAUCAAGGUGUUAGUGUGAUGCCUUGGACUCUCCCUCUGGCUGGCUGGCUGUCUCUUUCUCUCUCUCUCUCAAUAUGUUACCAUUAUGAGAAUUUCCAAUGGGUUUUGUAUGCUUAUUAUUAAUUUGUGAUUGUGUUACAUGUUUCUAAAAUAAACAUUGUGGAUGUAAAUAUUA